GGUUUCUCCCCCUAACAGGGCUCGCCAGAUAUGUCUGCCUCUGGGAAUGACAAUCGCUCCUGACGAUCAGGAGGGUGGAAGAAGCCGCUAAAGUCCCACUAAUGGUUUUGCUUUUAGUUCUGUUGGCAAACUCCCCUUCAUUCAAGCUCCCGGCGCUCUGGAGCCAGGUCUAAUUAGAAGAGUCCCAGGUUCACCCUUCUCGCGGAGAAAACGCAUUAGUCAUGGAUGAAACCGCAGGAAGGGUGCCGGGAGCUCAGUGGAAGAUGAAGCCCUUCCGAAAAUGCUGGAGAGCCUCCGAAGCGGAAGAGGCAAACUAGAUCUGACCGCGGCCAGAAGGGAAGGAUGUAGAAACCUGGGACCUACACCGAGUACAGUUGACUUGGUUAGAGGCCUCAGCUAAGUGCAUAAAUGACGCUCGCUGAACAUCCAAGCAGACAUAAGCAAAGUGUUCAGUAUAAGACAGCAAAGCCUCGAGCCAUGGCAAUGGACGGAAAGGGCGGAAAGCCUCCAGCCGACCGGGACAGAAUCUGAACAGGGCACAGGCAGCACGAGAGUGUGCGCGCGCGCUGGGGGUGGGGUCGCGCCAAAGAAUCCGAGUUAGUAGUGGAAGGGGAGUGGUCAGUUUUUGGAGAGUCGUGCACCAGGAAUUGCGGACUCGGUGACCUGCGGCCCACCCAGGAAACAGCAGGUGUCUACCCAGCUGCGAGCUUAUCCUCAACUUCCUAGCGGCUCCCCUUGGGCUGCUGCAAGAGUCAGGGUUGAAUUGCGAACCGACCCCGGGAAGGGCGGGGCGCAGGGCCGCAGAGGGGUGGUGCAGGUGGGCGGGCCGCGCCUGGGUGAGAAGGCUGGGCCUAUAAAGUGCUCGCGGCCCUAGGGGCUAUGCUGCUUGUCGGAGCUGGUGCUACGUGGGCUUGGGGCCGAUCGCUGCUCGGGUCUGCAGGUCCCUGAGCCUCCGAGAGAGGAGGAGAGUGCUUGCCUCCGUUUACCCCGCAGCUCAGCCGGCGAGCGCGCCCGCCCCAGGGAACCCCAGGCAGCGCCCCGGAAAGGCCGUUCUGCCCCGCGAGGGAAACGGAGCCGUUGACCAUGGUUGCAACUGGCAGUUUGAGCAGUAAGAACCCGGGCAGCAUUUCAGAGUUGCUGGACCAUGGCUUCCACCCGGGGAGCCUGCUGAACGAUUUUGACUACUGGGAUUAUGUUGUUCCUGAACCCAACCUCAAUGAGGUGAUAUUUGAGGAGACGACUUGCCAGAGUUUGGUUAAAAUGCUGGAAAACUGUCUGUCCAAAUCAAAGCAAACCAAACUUGGUUGCUCAAGAGUCCUUGUCCCUGAGAAACUGACCCAGAGAAUCGCUCAAGAUGUCCUGCGGCUUUCCUCCACUGAGCCCUGUGGCCUGCGAGGCUGUGUUAUGCACGUGAACUUGGAAAUUGAAAACGUAUGUAAAAAGCUGGAUAAGAUUGUGUGUGAUUCGAGUGUGGUGCCCACUUUUGAGCUCACACUUGUCUUUAAGCAGGAGAACUGCUCAUGGACUAGCUUCAGGGACUUUUUCUUCAGCAGAGGUCGCUUCUCAUCUGGCCUCAGGCGGACUCUGAUCCUGAGUUCAGGAUUCCGCCUCGUUAAGAAAAAGCUUUACUCCUUGAUUGGAACAACAGUCAUUGAGGAGUGCUGAGGAGGAAACAUUUUAAAGGUCCUUCUUACAAUUGGAUAAUAAAACUGCGCAGCUGCCCCCUGAGAGUCAUUUGUAGUCACCCUGCCUGCUCUCGAGAAACCCCACACUGAGUCAUCUCCCUUCCAUGCCUCCACGUUGACAGCAACCCAACUAAAAGGCUGAUUGAUUUCAUGGCCUUUGAGAAAGGACCCGAGAAAGCGUACAUUCUCUGCCUGUAUCACAUGUUUUCACAAAAUGGCAUGGAGUAAAAGAAGCAAUCCACUUUA